GCCUACUUGAUAAAAUUGACAGGACGCGGAAGUAUUAACAACACAUCAGCAUAACGCCAAGCUAUAACGCCAAGCAUAACGCCAUGAUAUGAUCCAAAAUGUGAAAUUUAAAGAUGUGAAAUGCGGAUUUCAGAAGAAAAUAUCAUCUGAUGUCAAAAAUAUUAGAAAAAACGAAUCACUGUUUGUGCCUGCUGAUAAAACCACCAACUUUUACAAAAUGGACCCUCCAUCCUACAACCAACUACUGCAGAGAAACAUCACUAAAACCUACAAGAAAAUCUCCACACAAACUGUUUCGUCCAUUGAAAACCGAUCGAAAUCAAUUGCGAACAAAUUAAAUUUAACUGAUCGAAUUAAUACCACAGCUGAGAGAGAACCCUUUAUCACAUUAAAGGACCACAAACCUAAUUUUGAAAACAACCCUACCUGCCGUCUUAUCAACCCUCGUAAGUCCGAAAUCGGUAAAGUAAGUAAACAAAUUCUAGACAGAAUCAACGCGAAAGUUAUCGAGUCUACCGGCAUGAAUCAAUGGAAAAAUACGAAAUCUGUCCUGAC